AUGGCAGGUCUCGCGCGCACGUUCCCGGACUCGCCCGCGCCCGUGGGUCUAGGGAGGCGUCGGUCCAGCCUAAGCCGGGGCCUCGCGUCCAGCGGCGCGGUCCCACCGGAGGAAGGGCGAGGGGGAGGGGGCGGCCUUCGCGGGACCUCUGGGCCUCAGCGCCUCGCCCCCUCCCCUCCCGGCCGUGGGCCACGCCCAGGCGCUGAGGCCCGGAAAGGGGAGAAGCGGCGGGCAGAGCCGAGCGGCGACGAAACGUGCGGCUAUAAGCAUCCGCGCCGCGGGUCCUCUGCCACCCCUGGCGCAGGGGGAGAGGGGGCGGUCGCGGCCCUUUGA